CGCCGCCUGCUGGCCCCCGAUCGCUGGCGCCCGAGUGGGAGGACGGCAGCUGCCCGCUCCCUCCUCCCCACACUCCCGCUACCUGCCCAGUCCCCGAAGCGCAGCGCGAGGAGGCAGCGAGCCCGCCGGGCCGAGCCCGCAACUUUGCCGCCUGCAGGAAGCGAGUGCCGGCACCCAGGGGUCCUCUUGCUAGCGGCCGAGCGCGGCAUGUAACCGAGGAUGCUGGCCCUGCGGCUGCUGAACGUGGUGGCCCCUGCCUACUUCUUGUGCAUCUCGCUGGUGACCCUGGUGUUGCAGCUCUUCCUCUUCCUGCCCAGCAUGCCCGAGGACCCGGGGGCCCGCCCGCUCUUCUCGCCCGCCCUGCUCCACGGGGCCUUCUUCCUCUUCCUCUCUGCCAACGCCCUGGGCAAUUACGUCCUGGUCAUCCAGAACUCCCCGGACGACCUGGGCGCCUGCCAGGAGAUCUCGGUCAGGCAGGCACCAUGCCCCCCGCCCAGCACCCACUUCUGCCGCGUGUGCGCCAGGGUCACCCUGAGGCAUGACCACCACUGUUUCUUCACGGGCAACUGCAUCGGCAGCAGGAAUAUGCGCAACUUCAUCCUGUUCUGCCUCUACACGUCGCUGGCCUGCCUCUAUUCCAUGGUGGCCGGCGUGGCCCACAUCUCCACGGUCCUGUCCAUCUCCUUCGCCCACCCACUGGCCUUCCUCACACUCCUUCCCACCUCCAUCAGCCAGUUCUUCUCCGGAGCUGUCCUCGGUUCUGAAAUGUUCAUCAUUCUCAUGCUCUACCUUUGGUUUGCCAUCGGCCUGGCCUGCGCUGGCUUCUGCUGCCACCAGCUGCUGCUGAUUCUCCGGGGACAGACCCGGCACCAGGUGCGAAAGGGGGUGGAGGUGCGGGCUCGGCCCUGGCGCAAGAACCUGCAGGAGGUCUUCGGGAAGAGGUGGCUGCUGGGCCUGCUGGUGCCCAUGUUCAACGUCGGAAACGAGGGCUCCAAGCAAUGGGACAAGUAGCCUGCCCAGCCAUCCCCACCACCACCCCUCUCUCUGUGUCUCCACUCCUCCCAAACAUAAGAUCAUGUCCUCACCCCCCACCCCGAAUCCACCUAUGACCCACAGCAACAUCGGGCUGGGAAGGGUCCAGCGUCCAGCCAGGGGCUGUGACUGCCGAGAACCUGGUCGACUGGUGGAUGGUGAGGCGGAGGGAAAAUGACCUGCUGGGCACGGCCAGCUUUCCAAUGAGGAGCCAGCGAGAUGGCUGCUAACUGCUAAGAUACCCCUGCUUCUGUCUCUCCCCUUGGAGGGUCCCGCUUUCCCCCUGCCUACCUCAGCCACUCGCUCCCAAGUCUGAUGGCCCCGCUGCUGUCUGCUAGGAUGCUUCCCCUCUGCUGCCAUACUGAGACUGGGGAGGGGGGGGCGGCGUGGAAUCCUGCUCCUGGCAGGACGCUCUCCUGGGCCUUGAGGCCAGCAAAGGGGGCUUAGAAUCACCACUCAUCAGAGCCUGGGGAGGAUGGAAAAGGAUGGGUGUGGCCUCGCCCCCCCCUGUGGAAUUGUGCACAGUGGAGGGAAAGAGGGGAUAGCUAGCCUGCCCACCCACUCGCCUCUCAGUCAAGUGGUACAGCCCCUUCUCUGGGAGCUGGGAGUCAACUGUCCCCUGUCCAUCUGCCCAAGCAGCUGCCCCAGCCCAGUUCAGAACCCGGUCAAACACUCUUCUGGCUUUUGGCCCUGGCAUUCCUCCAACCUUUCCUGUGGGUCUCCACACACCCCUCCCGCCCCCCCCAGGUCUUUGUAGGAAGGAGGGAGAGGAAGAGGGGAAGCUCAGAGAAAUGAGGCAUGUGACUGCAUUGCCAUAUAGAAGGGAAGGAGAUGUGUGUGUGUGUGUGUGUGUGUGUCAGAGAGUAGGAGAGCGAGGAGUGGGCGGAGCAUGGUCUCAACACAGAGAGGGAGGAGAGGGUCAUGCAGAGGCUGGACCCUUGGGCAUUGAGGAGAAGAGCAAAGAGGCUAGUUUCAGCCCUGUGUAAAGGACGUGCAGCACUGAUGGCUCGGUGUUGGAACGGCUGCCCAGGGAGGUAGUAUGGCCCAGUGCCCACCACUGGAGGCAUCCCAGCAGGGACUGGGCUGCCAUCUGCCAAACAUGCCUGGCAAGGGGAUUUCUGCCCAGGGUCAGCUCGACAAGCUCCAAGAUCCUACCUGCUCUGCCAUUCUGGUCUGGCAUCCUCUUGGCAAUUCCAGGCCCCAGGGCGAGACCUGCAGAGCUGCCUGUGAGUUAGCUGGUCCACGGUGUGAAGUGAAUGUUCAGGACACCCCCCCACCCCCUGCCACUGAGGCAGGAGUCAGGAGGAGCUGGCCAGCGGGGAGGCUAAGGGGGUGGUGGAGGGGGCUAGGAUUUGAGAACGGGAGACGGAGCCCUGUCAGGGUCAGAUGGGGGCAGUGGUGGGGAGGAGACACAAGAAGAAAGUCAGACUCAACUUUGAGGGGGACCUGGGGGAUGGGGGAGAGCAGCACACAGGUGUGUCAUGGUCAGACUGCCCCCCUCAUCUGAUGCAUUGACUGGGGGGCUGUCAUGGGCUCCGGGGCUCUGGGACCUUGGGAUUCUGAGUGAGUGGGGACAACAAGUGCACCACAGCUGGCCUGGGCCCCGAGGCCAGUGUGCCGUUCCCUCUAAUGCCCACGGUGCCGUAGCGUCAGCAAAGGUCACAAUGGCCCAGUAGUUACGGCAGACCACCCUGUGUGUUGGUGAGCCAAGGGGGGGGGAGGACCUCGCCCAUCCUGCCACCACACCUGAGGGCUAAGGGCUUGAUCCCUUCCACGUCCUGCAAGCACAUAGUCACCUGCCCUCCCAGCUUCAUCUGCUGUGUGUGCAUCUCGAGAUGGGCUUCCACACCAGUGUAAGCACCCGUGGGGUGACUUCCACCCCUGGGAAAGUGGUCACUCAGUCAUCCUGUCAUGCUGGUCAGCAGGGGUCAUGUGGGAGACUGAGGCAGAAGAUAACUGGAGUGGGGCCCUUGCUGCUGCUCAGUGAGCCUCCAUGGAGGAGCUAUGGGGGCUUGCCCACCCUGAUUCUGACCCUGCUGAAGCACCCUGUGCCCAAUGGGGAGGGGGGAGGGGGUCCAGGAAACCAGGCCUUGGUCUUCUCUUGGCCCCAGAGCUCAAGUUUGGAAGCCAGCCCCGCCAUGCCCAGCCUCUUGGAGGCUCAUCCCUGGGGGGCCAACAUGAGGGGGGUGGAGUCGGCUCCUGAUCUGUCAAUGCCAGGGACGGAGAUGGAGUGGGGCGUGAUGGUAGGGAUGCUGGGGUGUGGGACUUUGGACAGAUGGCCCUGUAUUGCUGAUGAAGAGCAUUAAUAAAAUAUGUGGUUUUAAAGCGGA